AUGGUGCGGUCAUUCACAGCCCAAGAGAGAGCUACCACAGCUUCCCUUCGUGUUUCCUGGAUAUUGGCAAAAAAGAAAAGGCCAUUCACAGACUCUGAAACAGUGAAGGACUGUAUGCUGGCCGUCGUGGACGAGGUGAUAAAUGACGAUAAAAUUAAAACGAGCGUAGCAUCUGCUAUAAAAAACGUACCCCUGUCAGAUACUUCCAACAUUCGUAGGGUUGAAAUUCUUGCUGCAGAUGUGUAUGAAACACUGUUAGGAGACCUGAUGAAAGCUGAUACUAUGUCUAUAGCAGUAGAUGAGUCCACAGACAAAACUGAUACUGCUCAGUUGUGCAUAUAUGUCCGUUUUUUUGACAGCAAAUGCUUCAGAGAGGAGCUGCUCUGCCUACUACCGUUAGAAGGACACACAACGGGCGAUAUACUCUUUGGGAAAAUUUCUGAUUUUUUCAAAGACAAUGGUCUGGAUAUGACGCGUGUGUGCAUGCUUGUGACAGAUGGGGCUCCAUCCAUGACAGGUAAAGUGAAUGGUUUGGCAGCACGUUGGUCCGCUGUUGCACCUCAGUUGAUCUCCUUACACUGCAUUGUGCACCAGGCGGUGUUGUGCGCAAAACUAAGUGGGGCGCUAAAAACGACCAUGGACAACGUGAUGGCUACAAUUAAUUUUAUUCGCUCCACAUCAAGCCUCCAACACCGCUUGUUCCACAUGCUGCUGUCAGAAAUGUCUGCUGAGCACCACGACCUGCUUUUGCAUAAUGACGUGAGGUGGCUGUCCAAAGGCAAAGCACUGGAGCGUUUCUGUGGUCUCAGAGAGGAGAUCAUAACUUUCCUCCGCAGCAGCAAGCAAAAAAAGGCAGAAGCGCACUUGAGUCGCAUACUGGACGACAGCUUCAUGGCCGAUGCAUGCUUUCUGAGUGACAUAUUCAAACACCUGAAUGAUGUCAAUUUGGCACUACAAGGCAGAGACAAAACUGUCAUCGACCUUGUGGAACAGAUGCGCGCAUUCCCAGUUAAACUGGACCUUUUUGCAACUGAUUUGAGCACAGGCCGAAUGCUGCAUUUUCCGACGCUCCGCAAAUGCGUCUCAUCCCCCGCACAAAUCACGGAUGUGAUGACAGAUUUUAUUACGAGGUUGAAAAUGAACUUUGCUGGUCGAUUGGAUGGAAUUGUUCUGCCCACAGAGGUGGCCGUUUUUGUCAGAGACCCGUUCACUGUUGCAAUAGAAGGGGACUUAUCCGCCAGAGCAAAGCAAGUGGUUCCUUCCAUUGACGAGGGGAAAUUCACACUCGAACUUGUUGACAUGCGGUCAUCUGUAACCAUGGCACAGGAGCUUUGCACUAACGGGCCUACAAUGUUUUGGACUGAUGUCAACGUACAUCAGUUCCCUAACAUUAAGAAAGUAGCGAUCGUCAUGCUCAGUAUGUUUGGUUCAACUUACACAUGCAAUGUAAAAGACAGCUGGAGCUCUUGUGGACUGAGCCGUCUGGCUUGGGGAAGCAACUCAGUCAAUAUGCUACUGAUCAAUGGCAUUGAUCUAGUGGUCGGCACUUACAGUCUGAGUCUAAAGCUGCAUGUGGAGUUGGAUUACGGAUAUCGUUGCACUUAG